CAACAGGAAGCACUAGAUAAAAAUAAAUUGCUCUGUUUUUUUUUUCCCCUUCCAACUCAUCUUCAUUUCUCGAAGCUAUAUAGUAAUUUUUCUUCUUUCAACUUGUGUGUAUGUUACGCGCACAAAAGAACUAGAGGCCCUACUUUAUGGAAGGAAAAAAAAAUUAGUUCGACCUUACGCUCGGUCCCCCAAAGCAUCCUCGAAUUUUUUUUUUUUUUUUUUUUUUGUGAACACGGGAGACAAAAAAGGAAACUAAAAAUAUAUGGGCGCCGGUUCAUGUGUGUGUGUAACGUGUGUGUUAAACGCGAAGGCUGCUGGUGUAUGAAUACCAGCACCGUGACAGACGACUGACAUUAAACUGUGCAUUUCUCAAGGUGGAGAGUGAGAGCGUGCAACAGAGAGAAGGGGGGCGAAAACACAAAAGUGAGCCCAAGAAAGAGAGAGAGUAGGAAUAGUAUAACAUUCCUCCGUGAUUCGCUACGUGAACAAUGGAGCCGCCGGCUAGUGGUAUGGCCGGGAUUCGAGGCACGCAACGGCCAAGGAGUCUGUGCGACAGUAAACUCUUGUCGGUGACGCCUCACGGACUACACCAUCACUUGGUGCAGCAGCAACAACAGCCUAUCCCUCAUCCGUUCACCCCAGGCCAGCAGUUUGUGGCCAAAAGACCACCACCGCCGCUCCCGAUCGGCCCGCCCCGUGAGCCAUCGAAAUACAGAGGAUCGUGGCCUAGCAUGAUCUACUACGGCACUGAUCAGCAACAAGACGCCGACGCCUUCGUCAAGCUCGAACAAGAGAAAAGAGCGCCCAGCAUGGCCGGCCUGAUGAACACCACCGUCCCGCAAAGGCUGGCCGUGAAACCGAGUUUGCGGACCGGCCCACGGCACACGCCCACCCGCAAUUCGUUGCGACAUAGUCGCAUGAUUUGCCUCAGCCAACAACAAGGAAAAGUGCCGCGAAAGUACCUACCUCCAGUGAUCCACCACUAUCGGACGGGUUCCACUUUGGUAGUGAUUCAAGUUCUACUGGGUUCCGUUCUACUGGCGCUGGCAUUUCACCUUCUCCUUUGGUCACCUCAACUCAACAUUCGAGACGUGCCACACUGGAGCGGCAUUUCUCUGAUUUUAUCCGGCGUCUUUGGGCUCUUCCUUUUAUGUUGCUGCCGGAAGCAAUACCCAGGGAUGAGAGGCGGCUGCUGCGUCUUCGUCGUCAGAGUUCAGUAUAUCAUAUGCAACGCAUGUUUAGCCAUGUUAACUACAGCAGCUUGUGUUUGCGCCUGUGUCUUCGCUAGCGUCCACGUUUCACAGCUCAUGGCGAUGGAAUGUCAGUCACCGACGAUGAACACCACACUCGCGGGAAAUACCCGAUUGAAUUCGACCUGCUUGUGCAUCGGUGGUGAACGACAGGAUGAAGUUUUCACCUACGAUCCGCUCUCUUGCUCCGAAGUAUUGGAGCUUCUACCCAUUUACCUCUCAACCUCGGCUGUCACGAAUGGUUUAGCUGCGUUGAUUUCAAGCUGGUACAUUGUUCUGUUGUGGAGCAAUCGAUUCGCAUACACAUACGCUGGUCUCAAGCUCUCCGAAUUCAAUGCUAACGCGGCCAUGCCCAGUUUAUAUCAAUAAGAAAAUGAUUAGUGAAUUUUUUCGAUUGCCCAAAACUUGUCAAUGUGUUAUGUACUUUGAACUCAAUAUAACUGUUUUUAAUGCUAAA